GGAAGCGAGGAGGAGAGGAAGCGAGGAAGCUUCAAACAGAAAGUAGAGGAGCUUCAGCUUCGGGGAAAAGUACAUCAAAUUACUCCUUUACAGCCAAGGAUAAUUCCAUUCACAGGAUAAAAUGUCUCGCCGAUAUGAUUCCCGGACAACCAUAUUUUCUCCUGAAGGGCGCCUGUAUCAGGUGGAGUAUGCCAUGGAGGCAAUCGGUCAUGCUGGAACGUGUCUUGGCAUUCUAGCAAAUGACGGAGUGCUGCUAGCAGCCGAGAGACGCAACAUCCACAAGCUGCUGGAUGAGGUCUUUUUCUCAGAGAAGAUCUACAAGCUCAACGAAGACAUGGCCUGCAGUGUUGCUGGAAUCACAUCAGAUGCUAAUGUACUGACAAAUGAACUGCGGCUAAUUGCACAGAGAUAUUUAUUGCAGUACCAGGAGCCAAUCCCCUGUGAGCAGUUGGUGACAGCUCUGUGUGACAUCAAGCAAGCCUACACACAGUUUGGAGGGAAGAGGCCAUUUGGUGUUUCUCUGCUGUACAUGGGCUGGGACAAACACUACGGCUUCCAGCUGUACCAGAGUGACCCCAGCGGCAACUAUGGAGGCUGGAAAGCAACCUGCAUCGGCAACAACAGCGCUGCUGCAGUGUCCAUGUUGAAGCAGGACUACAAAGAGGGAGAGAUGUCUCUGUCCUCUGCUCUGGCCUUGGCCGUCAAAGUUCUUAACAAAACGAUGGAUGUCAGCAAGCUCUCAGCAGAGAAAGUGGAAAUUGCCACCCUGACUCGGGAAAAUGGAAAAACAAAGAUCAAGGUGUUGAAACAGAAAGAAGUAGAAGAGCUCAUCAAGCGGCACGAAGCUGAGGAGGCCAAGGCUGAAAAAGACAAGAAGGAGAAGGAACAGAAAGAGAAGGACAAAUGAGCGAAAUAGUUGUUUUUCUUCCUUAGUUCACUGAAUCCUGUAUUGUUUUGUCUUUUACAUUAAAAGUUUGAUAACUGA